UGCCAUCAACCCACCGCCCCGGAAAACCUUCUUUUCCUCGCACCUCUGUCGACUCACCCACCCCCAGGCCUCUCCUCGCCCUCCAGCGCCCCGUCGUCGACCGACACUGGACCAGCUCGUUGCCGCCGCGCCCUCGCCGCGCCCGCUCCAGCUGGAAGUCGCCGUGACCGCCGCGACGACGUCCCCGCCUGGCAUUCUCCGCCUCUCCCACCCUUAGCACGCCCUGAUAUGAUUUGCGCUAGCCUGCCCGUGGACCCGGUUCAUCAGCCUCCCCGAUAACUAUGACAUCCUCAAACCCAUAAACAGGCCCGCCGGCGGCUCGCAGCCUCCAGCCCCUCUGCCGGGACCUGCAGACGAUGCUGCACCUGGCAGAUACUGCGGCCUGCCAUCAAUCCCGCUAUCCCACCAACACCAUGUCUAUUCUUGCAACCAGCUGCAGUCGGCGAGUACCUGCCUGCAUCGCCGGAACCCCAAGCAAUGUCGAUCGCGCCGCAUCCCUGGCCCGACGUGCCUCUUUCAUCACGCCGGCACGCGCAAACCCUCAUCCCGUUGCUGACCCCUGUGCUGCAUGGCCCCCAAUCUGUCUUGUGCUGCACUUUUACGAGGCGCCACCGCACCAUCAAAAAGCCUCACCCACGGACAGACGCUGCCACCACCCUGCCACCACGAGGCUGCAUACGAGCGAGCUCCACUGCCUCUCCAAGCAGCUGUCACCGGCUCCCACUUGCGACAUGACAAGGCAGGUAUACGCGCCCAGCAAAGGGGUCGACGCACCUUCACUUUCCCUAUCUAGCCAACUGUUAUCGUAUGCGCCCCAAGAAACUCCGCUUAUUCCUUCCCGUCCGAACAUUACGACUUCAUCCGUGUCGCGCUCCUCCCUCUCGGAAUCGUUUAUCUGCGACCCCACAUGGGAAAAUACGUUGCGGAAGGCUGCGUCGUCCGAGCUAGCCCCACGUUCGAGUUGCAGUUCGUGUUGACCUUCACAGCUCGGGGCGCAGCAAGUCGACGAUGCAGCAACCGUAUGGUAGUGAGACUUGACGAAAGGGAGAGCUCCGCCAAAAAAAGGCAUGAGGACCUCUCUGGCAUUUGCAGCCAUGGACCCUGGCGAAGACCAAGCCGCUAACAACCAAAAAGCAAUUUGGCCUUUGAACCUCAUCUUGCUCGGGUGCUUCCGAGCCCGCAUGUC